AUGAAUAAAGAUAUUUAUAAUAGAGUAUUUAACAAUCAAUUUUUAAAAGAUACAAUAUUUAGAAAUAUUAGAUGGAUCUUCCAAGAAUUCGAAGGUUGUUAUUUGGAUAGUCAGUUAUUUUCAUGGAGAGAGCUAGAGAAAAGACCUGAUAUAGCAAUACAAUACAACUAUUUCGAUGUUGUUAAACGUUAUUUCUCAGAGUUAAAGUUAUCAACUAGAAAAUAUGAAGUGUCUGAUACAAGAUUACUGAUAAACACUGCAAUCUAUGCAUUAAAGAAUGAUCAACUAGAUGUUUUAAAGUUCUUGGUCGGUGAGAAUGGAGCUCCAAAUGGCAGUCACAUUAAUUAUAGCUUUGAUCGUGAUGAUUUGGAGGACAUUACGAAAAUACCUGCUUUGAUUGCUUCUCCCUUGAGUGGAUCACUAGAGUUGUGUAAAUGGGCAGCCAACACAUUCAAAGAAGCAAAAAAACUGGUGACGAUGGAUAGUGAUCGUAAUCCACACGAUGAGAUCUACGAGAAUGCUGCCAAGAGUGGAAAGUUAGAGAUUCUUCAAUGGUCAUUUGAAAUGUAUCACAGGGAACUUGGUAGAAAAAGUCAUAUUUGGCGAUCAGCAUGCAUAGGCAACAAUAUUGAUAUGCUCAAUUUUAUGUUCCUACAACCACAGAUUAACAGAUUGUUCAAUGUUUAUGAUCUCAUUGACGAAGCUGUCAAAUCAAAGCAAGUAACCAUAGAAGUACUCGAAUGGUUAUUCUCACACAAUGCUAACUACAACACUGAACAGUUACUUGAGAAUGCAAUUCAACGUGGAAGUGUAGAAGUUAUCAAAUGUCUUUAUAAACAUUUAGGUAAUAAUGACAAUAAUAAUGAAAAUGAUAGCAAUAAUCAAUUCAAUUUAAUAGCUAUUGAAUGGUUCUUAAAGAAUUGUAAAGAUAGAGAAUUAAAAGUAUUUGAACUAGCCAUUUCAAAUAAUAGUCUGGCAAUCAUUCAAUGGGUACAUCAAUAUUCAUCGGUAGAAGGAGAGACAAAUUGUUUAGACAUUGCAGUCAAGAAUCGAUAUUUCAAUCUAUUGGCCUGGUUUACAAGAAAUGAACGUAGAGAGUGUUACUCGAAAUCAGUACUUGAACAAGUCUAUAUUAAAAAUCAAAUGGAAGAAUUUGAAUGGCUUCACGAGAAUCGUACUGAACGAUGCGAUCCUGUUCGCUUCAAGAAACUAUACUUUAGAUACCCAUGGACUAUAUCUAAUAAUAUUAAAAAUAUCUAUAGAUCAUAUACCUUUGAUCUGAAAAAGUUACCUGUAUUUGGCCACUUUUUAAUAUUUAUGGUAACAAGUAAAAGCCAGUUUUGUUUUGCAUAA